AUGGAACGCCUGCGGAGCCUGAGCCGGCUCCUGCCCCGGCGCACGCUGUGCGCUCUGGCCCAGGGCCUGACGCCUGGGGCGCGCCCAGUUGCCGCCUGCGGCCGCGCGGCCCACAUCCUCGGGCGGAGCCGGGCCGCGCCGCUGUGCGGGCCCCGCCGGCCCCCGGUGGCAGGUGAAAUGCACCGGUUUAGAACUUCUGAUGUCUCUCAAGCCACUUUAGCCAGCGUAGCCCCGGUGUUUACUGUGACAAAAUUUGACAAAGAGGGAAACGUUACUUCUUUUGAAAAGAAGAAAACUGACUUAUAUCAAGAAUUAGGUCUUCAAGCCAGAGAUUUGAGGUUUCAGCAUGUGAUGAGCAUCACAACAAGAAACAAUAGAAUUAUCAUGAGAAUGGAGUAUUUGAAAGCUGUGAUAACUCCAGAGUGUCUUCUGAUACUAGAUUAUCGGAAUUUAAAUUUAGAGCAAUGGCUAUUCCGGGAACUCCCCUCACAGUUGGCUGGAGAAGGACAACUUGUCACAUACCCUUUACCUUUUGAGUUCAGGGCUAUAGAAGCACUCCUACAAUAUUGGAUCAGCACUCUUCAGGGGAAACUUAGCGUUUUGCAACCACUGAUCCUUGAGACAUUGGAAGCUUUAGUGGAUCCCAAACAUUCCUCUGUAGACAGAAGCAAACUGCACAUCUUGCUACAAAAUGGCAAAAGUCUGUCAGAGUUAGAAACCGAUAUCAAAAUUUUCAAAGAGUCCAUUUUGGAGAUCUUGGAUGAAGAAGAGAGGCUGGAGGAGCUCUGUCUAACAAAGUGGAGUGACCCACAAGUCUUUGAAAAGAGCAGUGCAGGAAUCGACCAUGCAGAAGAGAUGGAGUUGCUGUUGGAAAACUACUACCGAUUAGCUGAGGAUCUUUCCAAUGCAGCUCGGGAACUCAGGGCACUGAUUGAUGAUUCACAGAGUAUCAUAUUCAUCAAUCUGGACAGCCACCGUAAUGUGAUGAUGAGGCUGAACCUGCAGUUGACCAUGGGAACCUUCUCUCUUUCACUCUUUGGACUAAUGGGAGUUGCUUUUGGAAUGAAUCUAGAAUCUUCUCUUGAAGAGGACCAUAGGGUGUUUUGGCUGAUUACAGGAAUUAUGUUUAUGGGAAGUGGCCUCAUCUGGAGGCGUCUGCUGUCAUUCCUCGGACGACAGCUCGAAGCUCCUUUGCCUCCUGUGAUGGCCUCUUUACCCAAAAAAACCCUUCAGGCAGACAGAAGCAUGGAAAUGAAACACAGCUUCCGGCCAGAUGGACCCGGAUCAAGCAGGAGUGUCCUGACAACCCGGUAG